GCGGCCGCAGCCAGUGAGGGCAGUGCGGAGGCGGGAGCGAGGCGCGGCGGCGGCGGCGGGAUGGGGCUGCUGAGCAUCCUGAAGAAAAUGAAGCAGAAGGAACGCGAGGUGCGGCUGCUGAUGCUCGGCUUGGACAACGCUGGGAAAACGACCAUCUUAAAAAAGUUUAAUGGAGAGGAUAUCGACACCAUUUCGCCCACGCUGGGGUUCAACAUCAAGACUCUGGAGCACAGAAACUUCAAGCUGAACAUCUGGGACGUGGGAGGGCAGAAGUCGCUGCGGUCCUACUGGAGGAAUUACUUCGAGAGCACGGAUGGGCUGAUCUGGGUGGUGGACAGUGCCGAUCGCCUCCGACUCGAGGACUGCAAGAGGGAGCUCUCCGUGCUGCUCCGGGAAGAGAGACUGGCCGGAGCUACACUCUUGGUGUUUGCGAACAAGCAGGAUCUGCCUGGAGCACUCUCAUCAGAUGCCAUUAAAGAUGCCUUGGACCUGGACAGCAUUAAGACCCACCACUGGUGCAUCCGAGAUUGCAGCGCCGUGACUGGGGAGAACCUGCUGACCGGAAUCGACUGGCUGAUGGACGACAUCUCCUGCCGGAUAUUCACCGCGGACUGAGCCGGCCCCGCAGCCGUUCGAUCUGCCCCCCUCACCCCGAAGGACUGCUGCGCUGAUCCCCUCCUUCCCGCGGUCCCGAGGGCUCUGGGGCACACUGCUUGGCUACAUUGGGAUGGACUGGUGAGAGCAACAGCUCUGCACUGGGUGAUCUGAAAGCGGAGUGUGGGGGGUGGGUGCGGGGGGCAGAGAAAAGAUUAAUUCCCACCUGCAGAAUCCCUUGAUUUUUUAUGAGCCCUCAGUGUUAAAUUGUUUUUUGACAGGACAGUGAUGUGGGGUGCGGUUGGUUCUGAAAAGCUUGAUGAACCACAAGUGUGACUGUGGCAAAUAAUUUUUGAUCUGUAUUCAGUGGCUCUGUAAUUGGAAACAGCAGGACCUUCUCCUUUUAGUUUAAUCUUUCACAUAUUCUCAUUCUCUCCCUCCUUUAUCUCUCCACCCCCCCCCCCCCCAUACUUUCUCUCCCUCUCUCCCCCUCCUGCACCACCUCACAUCCUCCAUUUGGCAUGCAGAGUGUGAUUACCGGCUUGCCAAAUGUGUCUAUCAGCAGUUUUCUUUCGUGUUCGUCGAGUGCAGUGUCCACUGUGGCUUUUGGAAGGCCCAGGUCCACCGAAGGUUUAAACCCCACGGGCACCAUCACAUGCUUAAAUUAUUUUGUAACAUAGAAUAUUAAAUUUAAAGAGUUUAAAGUGGCAA